GCAGUCGAGCUGUGCAGAGUGAAAGUGACAAUUACCAACCCGGAGAAAGACGCUUUAUCCUUACCUUUAUCAGGAGUUUAGCAGCUCAGAUGGCGGCUUCAAACAAGCAGCUGACGUCGUUUUUCAUAGAGGACAUUUUAUCCUUAAAAGAGGAUAAAAAGGAUGAAGACUCCUGCAAUGCUGAGAGUGACAGAGACGACGGCACUGACAGACAAACAGAUUCAGCGGAUGUUUGUCGGACUUCUGAGGAUAAAACAGUGUCGUCGACAGAGAUGACGGGGGGAAGCGGGAAAAAGAAGCGGUCGCGCGCCGCGUUCACGCACCUGCAGGUUUUGGAGCUGGAGAAGAAGUUCAGCCGUCAGCGGUACCUGAGCGCACCUGAGCGCACACACCUGGCGACCGCACUGCACCUCACAGAGACUCAGGUCAAAAUCUGGUUCCAGAACAGGAGAUAUAAAACCAAACGUAGACAGUUAACCACAGAGCAUGGCAAGGACUACUUCCAGAAAUCAGAUGCAGCCGCUAUGGCUGCUACAGAGGAGGACUUUUUCAGAGCAUCACUUUUAGCGACAGUCUAUAAAUCCUCCCCUUACCGGCCUUACGUGUAUGAUUUACACGGACUGAGCAUGUGGAGACCAGCACUGUGAUGAUAAGGACAUUGGACUAUGGGGACCCUCUCGGAUUAUUGUUAAUAAUAUUCUUUAUUUUGGUGAAUUUUUUAUUAAAUAGUGUGUACAGCUUUGUAUUCUAUGUAAUAAAGUAUUUUUUUUUUCAAUCAAA